AUGUCCUUCGGCACGCAGCAGGCAGGCAGCUUCGACCCAGCCGUCAUCAUCCAUGAAAUUGUCGAGGGUGUCAGUGAAUAUGUGCUUGAAUCAGUGCACGACGUCCAAGACUACAUCGCACGACCACGAGUCCGGCAUUGGCUGCGCAUAAUCGCGAUUGUGGUGGGCUAUAUCCUGGUGCGACCGGCCAUUGAGCUGUUCUUCCAGAAGAUUUUCGAGAGUAAGAAUAAGAAAGAAGAGGCUGAGCGCAAGAAGAAACGGGAAGAGGAGGAUGCGAAGCUUAUAGCGGAGGGCUUGAAGAAACCCAAGAAGGACGGCAAUAGUUUGAGAGUUGGCCGGGAGGAUAGUGCUGCGCCUACGGAAGCUGUUGAGGGGCAGAAGGAAGUCAAGGGUGCCGUCGCUGGGAAUAAGAACAAGGAUGAAAAGAAUAAUAAAAAUACCACCACCACCACCACAACAUCAACAACCAAGGAUAAUCACGACGAAUACGAGGAUAGCGAUGCUGAAGAUUUCGCGGAGAAGAUCAGGGCCAGCGGCGUGUUAGAAUGGGGACGGGACGCGCGCAAGAAGCAGAAGAAGGGUAGUGCUGGUAAGACGACUGGAGUAGAGGUGAACAGCAAAGUGCAGGGAAUGGACGAAGAGGAAUUGUUGCAAUUGCUGGAUUGGAGCGAGGACGAAGAUGGUCAGAAGAAGCCAAAGGAGCAGCAGUAG